AUGGGUUGCUGUGUGAGCAGUAAUAAAACCUCAACCUCUUCUGUACCAACUAUUCAACCACCAAAACCUACACAAAACAAUGGAACAAGCUUUCAAGUAGAGGAAGAGAAAGUGAAAGAAGUGCUCUUAGAAACACCAAAAUUGAACCCAAAAACCACUAUCAAAUCAAAACCACCAAAGCAACAUCUAAACAUUAAGGCCUUUGACAAGUUCAAAGAAGAACAAAGCAAGGUUAAUCAUAAGAAGACAUUGUCCAUCAACAAAGGCGAUACCUCAGAAACUUGCAGGUUAAGAAAAACCAUGCCAAAACCUACUACAGAAAAAACCGGCAAAAGGGUCACCGGAUCUCCAAUCAAGUUGCUUAAAAAUUGUUCCUUUCCAGGUGAUGUUAGCGACGGAAGAGAUAGAACGUUUCAUAGUUCAAGGAAUUUUGGGUCUGUGAAAAUGGUUCAGUGCAGAGACCAAUUGGGUCGGAAAAUGGUCAACGAGGGAAUGCGUCGCCGGAGAGAUUCCGGCGAGAAUUCUUUCCGACGGUCCCGGUCACCGGCGACGUGUACCGACACCAGCGUUGCUAGACCAGUCGUGGGUCGGAGUCAAUCUGCAAGAAAAACGAGUCGAGCUCCAGUUGCAAGGGACAGAACAACGCUGCCGGAGAAAGGUCGCCGGAAAACAGAGAUGCCGGCCAUGGACGGUAAAAGGUCUCGUGCUAAUGAGUCGCUGGAAAAUCCACUGGUGUCAUUGGAAUGUUUCAUUUUUCUAUAG